UURAUAUUCAAAUUUCAUACAUUUUACAACGUGUCGAGUACGCGGCGACUGGUGAUUUYCGAUCUUGACAAAUAAUUUGCAAAGAUUUAGGGACUUUGGGAGGUUUGGGGGAUAUCAUAGAGUAAUAUUACUCUAUGGGGGAUAUGUGACAUAAUAUAAUAUUAAUUUGUAAUUUGCACGGCGGCAACGACGAGGACGUGGACGGUUAUAAAUUUCAAUUAAUAUUUUACCUAAUUGGCUAAUAAAUAAUGUCAUUAUUUGUAAUGCAUUAAAAUAAACUGUAACGGUAGGAAGAAGCGGCGGCGGCGACGACGUGCAUUGCCGUUUGCCACAAUCUCGUCGCCUUAUCUGACGCGUCAUCGUUACGGGUACGGUGUACCGUUGACCGGACCGGUGUCGAACAUAUUAAUAGGUAUAUAGCCAAUAUUCUAUAAUCUGUGGUGUUAUUUGCCCGACAUUGUCUUUUCAACAACAACUAUACGUGACUGCCGUUUCACGCGAUUUGUUUCGAUAUUAUUACAACGUAGGUAGGUGUACCUUGCAAUAACAUUUUUAAUUUUUAUCGGCCACAUUAAAAAUCGUAAUUGUCCGGUGGACGUCUGAUACCACGUCGUCGAGGGCCCGAAAGUCGUACCCGCCGAACAUCCGAUCGCGGGGGCCGCCGUCGAUCGUUGAGGAUCUCUGGUCAACCGUCAUUGACUGUCUACGCCUCCGCGGUUUCACACGGUUUCAUUCUGACGACGUUUAUUUCGUUUUGUGUGACGGACAUUGUGCACUUGUUGCUUGACACCGUUCUCAUGGCACAUUAAUUAUAAUCGUGUGCCAUUGCUGUUGUUGUUGUUGUUGUUGUACGUACCUAAUUGAUUGCCGUGUAAGUAGGCGCUCCCGAGCCAUUUUACGCACUUCACACGUUUGGUUUACGUCCCAUUUCAACCAUGAAGUUCACCGAUGAGAUCAAACAAAAGUUUGCUUCCACAGUUCAUAUCCGAUGUGAAAAUGAUGUCAACGCAAAGAUUGAACAACUGGUGUUGGGCGGUCCAGAUAAAUUACAAGUAAUAUCAGAUUUUGAUCGAACCAUAACUACUUCGGAGUACAACAAUAAACAUACCAUGAGUAGUUUUAGUGUAUUUGAAGCAUGUGAUAGUCUGUCAGAAGAUUACAAAGAAAAAGCACGAACACUAUUACAAAAAUAUCGACCAAUCGAAGAUAACACACAAAUGACUGUCGCACAAAAGUUACCAUUUAUUGAAGAAUGGUGGCACCAAAGUGAACUUUUGUUGAAGGGCCUGUGUUUCCGAUAUGAAGAUAUUAAUAAAUCGAUCAAGAAAGCUGACCUUCAUCUUAGAGAAGGGAGUACUGAAGCGUUUAACAAAUUAUUCAGCAAAAAAAUACCUAUUAUUGUAUUAUCUGCUGGCGUAGGUGAUGUUGUUGAACUUAUACUAAAACAUGAAAAUUUGUUUACUGAUAAUGUAUCAGUAGUGUCAAAUUUUUUAAAAAUGUCUGAAGAUAGUAAUGGUUUAUCUACAAUUGAAGGAUUCAAAGGAAACAAACUCAUACACGUAUUUAAUAAAAAUGAACAUGCAUAUAUUGAUACACAUAAAAAUGAUACACAUUUAAAUGGGAGAUCCAAUGUUAUCCUUUUAGGCGAUUCAUUAGGAGAUGCAAAUAUGGAUGGUGGUAUCCAAUAUGAUAUUAUACUGCGCAUAGGAUUUUUAAACGCUGACUUGAUGGAACACGAGGAUGGAUAUUUGCAGCAAUAUAAACUUGCUUUUGACAUAGUUUUGGUUCAAGAUCAAACUAUGGGAUUGCUAAAUUAUUUGUUGGAUGAAAUAAUCGGAGUAAAAUCAAUGCUGUCAAAUAAAUGAUAAUGUGAGACAGCAAAAUUAAUUAAUUACUAAUUAUUAUUAUUACUAUUUGUAUAUAGUGAUAAAA